CUGCUCUAUUUGAUGGUUUGCUUUCAAAAGACGAGACAGUAGCAUCAACCGAACACAACCAGAGAAGAGCGUUGUAAAGGAUCGUGACUAGUUUUUGAUAUAUGAUAAUUGUAUAGCUUUCUCUUUCAUGGGCAAAUUCUGAAGCCCGAAGAAACCCUAACUCCGAUUGCAGCUUAAACCCUAAACCCCCAAAUUCGCUGCUUCCUUCCUCCACUAUGGCUUCGUCAUCGAGCAGCGGAUUGACGUUCAAGCUGCACCCUCUGGUAAUCGUUAACAUCUCCGACCAUUACACGAGGGUCAAGUCUCAGAUGAACCCAACCCACGCACCGCACAACAACGCCGCCCCCAACGGCGGCGACGGCGUCGUUUCGCCCCUUCCUCCGCGGGUCUAUGGAUGUGUCAUAGGUGUGCAGAAGGGUCGCACCGUCGAGAUCUUCAACAGCUUCGAACUCCUCUACGAUCCUGCCACCCAUUCUCUCGAUCGCACCUUCCUCGAGAAGAAGCAAGAGCUCUAUAAGAAGGUGUUCCCGCACUUCUACAUACUGGGGUGGUAUUCGACCGGGAGUGAUGCGGAGGAAUCAGAUAUGCAUAUUCACAAAGCUUUAAUGGAUAUCAAUGAAAGUCCAGUUUAUGUUCUUCUCAAUCCUUCUAUCAAUCAUUCUCAGAAGGAUCUCCCAGUCAGUAUUUUUGAAAGUGAACUUCAUGUCAUAGAUGGGAUUCCACAGCUUAUCUUUGUUCGCUCGAGCUAUACUAUUGAGACUGUUGAAGCAGAACGGAUAUCUGUUGAUCAUGUCGCUCAUCUUAAGCCAUCUGAUGGCGGUGGCUGCUCACCUUACUGGUAUUCACAGUGCCAUCAAAAUGCUUCAUAGCAGAAUAAAGGUGCUACAUCACUAUCUUCUUGCAAUGCAAAAAGGUGAUGUUCCUUGUGAGAAUUCACUAUUAAGACAAGUGUCAAGUCUCUUGAGAAGAUUGCCUGCUAUUGAAUCUGGGAAAUUUCAAGACGAUUUCUUAAUGGAGUACAAUGACACCUUAUUGAUUAGUUACCUGGCCAUGCUGACCAACUGCUCAAGUGCAAUGAACGAGCUGGUGGACAAAUUUAAUACUGCGUAUGAUAGGCAUAGCAGAAGGGGUGGACGAACGGCUUUUAUGUGAAAGCUGCUUGGUUGUUCAUUUCUGCUGGAAAUCCUCAAAGCACUUAUCCAACUUUGUAGGCAUAGGAUAUGUUUUCUUCCCUCUUUUUGCUGUUUAGGCACAGGUUAUUGAAGCUUAGUAUUUGCUUUAAUUUGAAGAGAAUAGGGAGAGGAAAAAAAAUGGAAAGUCACCGUCUGAGACUUGUCCCCUCCCAACGAAAAGGUAUUUGUUUUUGCAUUGUUAUAAAAAAGUUUGCGAUGUAGAGGGGACAAAAGAGUUCAAGGACAUGAUGUGAAUUUUCAUUGUGAUUCUUUGUUGAGUCACCAUCCUUCAUUUUCGUGCUGUGUCCAAGUUCUUUUGCGUGUCUUGGAGGAUCAGUACUUUUACUCGCUCAACUGGAACGUAUGGUGGAAUAAUUAGUCGUAGCAUUUUGAGUCAAUUUGUAGUUAUUUCGUGAAACAAAUUGGUCAUUUUGCUUUGCUUGUUAAAUGGGAAGUGCUUGUCAUGUGAAUUUGUUGA